AUCUGUCUCUCUUCGCGGGCUAUUUAUUCACAAUCUCUUUUCCUUUUACAUAAAAACAAAGAAAGUAGCAGUUCUUGUUCUUCUUUCUUCGUCUUGAUAGUGGUGAGAAGAAUUACAAAGGACGAGAAAGAAUUACAGCAAAAUGUUGGCAAUAUUCAAGAAUGGUUUGGUUGUUCCACCCCAGGAGCUGAAGAGUCCAGCCUCAUCAACCCAUGCUCCAGCUUUUGACAAUGCUAAGAAUCUUGAGGAGACUUUGAAGGAUUUCUUGUCAUCCCAUUCCAAUAAUGGUUUCUCUCUGGGCUUUGCUGACAAUGCCUUGCUGGCUUAUGCCCCUCCUCAGAGAUCACACAUCACCGCUCAUCAAAGGAUGUUUUGUGGUGUAAAUGACAUAUACUGCGUCUUCACUGGGAGUUUAAGAAAUCUGCCCACUCUUAUCAAGCAAUAUGGACUAUCCAAGGGUGUCAAUGAGGCCAUGUUUAUUGUUGAAGCAUACCGGACACUGCGUGACAGGAGCCCCUAUCCGGCUCAUCAGGUCCUCAAGGAUCUUGAUGGCAGCUUUGGAUUUGUGAUCUAUGAUGACAAAGCUAGAACUGCAUUUGCUGCACUUGGUGCUGAUGAAGUAGUGAAGCUCUAUUGGGGCAUAGCAGCCAAUGGUUCUUUAAUGAUAUCUGAUGAUGUGAAUCUGGUAAAAGCAAGCUGUGCUAAAUCCUUUGCCCCAUUCCCAACCGGCUGUAUGUUCCAUAGUGAAAGAGGACUGAUGAGCUUUGAACAUCCCAUGCACAAGAUGAAAGCCAUGCCAAGAGUGGAUAGUGAGGGGGUUAUGUGUGGUUCGAACUUCAAGGUUGAUGCCCUUUCCAAGAUUAAUAGCAUACCAAGGGUAGGAAGUGAGGCUAACUGGGCAACUUGGGGACAUCAGGCCUGAUAAAAUUAAGCACUCUAGCUGUUGACAUGACCAGGAAACUGCAUAUUCACCUUAGCACUAAGUUUCCUGUGGUUCAUUAGUGUUCCUGUUUCUUUCCUCGUUUUCAAUCACCCUCACAUGUAAAUUUGACUUGAGGGUCGUUAUUAGUAGAAUGAACAUAUUUGGACUCAGUAACGUUUGUUUUUUGAACCAGUUUGUUAUCCUUGAUGAGUUUGGUUUGGCAAAUGAUUGUAAUACUCCCAAGUCUGUGUAAAAAGAUCUCAUUCUAGUC